AUUUGACAUAAGUUACAUAGAGGUUUCUACCUCCAUAUUCGGUUCGUCACCUGGCCUUAACCUAAUCCUCUUCUUCGGCCGUGUAAGGCAGGCAGGCGGCUGCAAUCAUCCUCGGAUUCGGCACCCGCACCGCGCGAGCGCGACGGUGGCGUGGGGCACUCCACAGCUCACCCGGGGGGGGGGGGGGGAGGAAGGAAGAGCCUUCCGCUCGCGUCGAUCCGGUGGGCGUCUCGUCUCCCGUCGAUCUGCGGAGCGACUAGCGAGCGAGCCGCCAUGGAUUUGGCGCGGCCCAGGAGGAUCCCCCUGAAAUCCCACCGCCCCGACUGGAAAACAGAGCUUAGGACAAAUUGCAUGAGAAGACUUAAGAAGGACAGAAUUAACUUGCUGUGGAACAUCAGGGCGCAGGGGCGGCUGCCUGCCAAUGACAUGAAAACGGUCGACUCUGCAGUCAGGAACAUCAUCUCCGAUGAGCUACAGAAACUUAAACAGUCUGUGGAAGGAAAAGAGGAUCAAGAAAUGGAUGUGAUAUGGGAAUAUCAAGGACCACAGGCUGCUACGCCUGUUGAAAUUGAUAGUGAAGAUAUAUUGCUUGAACUGGAAAGGCUUCUUUAUGAAGAUCUUAGAGAAGAAUCAAUCAGAAAAGAACUAGAGGCACUUGAUGAGGAAGAUGCAUACUUAGCUCAGGCAGUUUUUGAUCAUAUGCAACUAAAUGACAAGGAGGCUACCGAAAAUGCUAAAGUCUGGUGCCCAGUAUGCAAACAAGGAGAGCUACGAGACACUCAUAACCUCAUAUAUUGUACUUUCUGUAAGCUACGCCUUGACCUUGGAGAAGAUAAGAUUACCCUGGAGUUCUUACGAGAACAGUUGGCCAAUGCGCAUACGCAGCAUUUAGACAGAGGAUGCAAAUCAGCACCCAAGUUCUGUUUACAGACUAUGUUUGGCCUGACUGCACUCUACAUACAGUGUGAAGAAUGCGGCACUUUCGAUGUUGUCGUAUAGGUGCCAGAAAGCUGAUGCUGGCGGACCAAUAGACCAUAUGUAACACUGAGCACAGGAGGUUGCCGACACUCAUAAAGUUAUCUCUUUGUUUCCUGUUAGAUUAGCUGUUUAACUUACUCUGAGAAUAUGGUUGUACAUCAGAAAGGCACACUCCAGUUUUUUUUUUUUCCCCUCUCAGCAUCAGAAGACAACCACCCAUGUCCAUUUUCAAGUUGAAUUGCAAAACAGUAAAAGCGCCAUACACAUGUCCACCUAGAUUGAAUAUGGCCACUGGACGAUGUACAGUGCUGUGUAAAUAGCCAGUUGAGUUUUUUCAA